AUGGGAACACGGCCGCAGCAAUCGCGUGUAGAUGAAGAGGACGAUGAACUGCUCGGUUGUGGAACGACGAUUUCCGGCCAAUCAGGCUCCACAAGCCGGAGUGCUGGGUUGGGGACCACCGCUGGUGAUAGCGCUGCUCUCAAAUUGAAUCACCUUGACAUACACGACGAUGAUGCUGCAUCACAGGGAGUAGUUGCAAGCAAGAAGAAAAAGAGAGGCCAACGAGCUGUUGGGGGUGAUAAGAGUGGAAGAGGGCUUCGCCAAUUUAGUAUGAAAGUGUGUGAGAAGGUAGAAAGUAGAGGAAGAACAACUUACAAUGAGGUGGCAGAUGAGCUUGUGGCUGAGUUUUCUGAUCCAAGCAAUAGUGUCUUGACCCCUGAUCAGCAACAAUAUGAUGAGAAAAACAUCCGUCGAAGGGUCUAUGAUGCUCUGAAUGUUCUCAUGGCUAUGGAUAUUAUUUCCAAGGAUAAAAAGGAAAUACAAUGGAAAGGUCUUCCUCGUACCAGUCAGAGUGAUAUUGAAGAACUAAAGACAGAGCGUCUUGGGCGCAGGAAUAGAAUUGAAAGGAAAACAGCCUAUCUGAAGGAGCUUGAGGAGCAAUUUGUAGGUCUUCAGAAACUUAUCCAACGAAAUGAGCAAAUAUGUAGCUCAGGAAAUCCUCCCAGUGGAGGUGUAUCGUUACCUUUUAUUCUCGUACAGACACGUCCUCAUGCAACUGUUGAAGUGGAAAUAUCAGAAGACAUGCAGCUUGUUCAUUUUGAUUUCAACAGGUAA